AUGAAACUCUCGUUCUCUCUGCCAUCGAAACCCUCUUCAAACCCUAACCCCAAACCCUCAACCACAUUCAACGACAGCAACGCCGACAAAAACUACGACGGUUCAAUUCAAUACGUCAACGAAUUCGACGCCUUGCAACCCCUACACGGCUACCCCAAUACCCGCGUAAUCCCUCCGAUCCCUAACGAAUGGCUGAUGAAACCCGAAUCCGAGAAUCGCUCCGAGGUCCGGUCGCUCUCUGCCAGAAUUUCCAACGGUCUCAAUCUCCGGCCGAAGCUCGAAUCGGAGAACGGGGAAGGUGAUGAACGGUUGAGAUCUGCAGGCGUGGAUUUGGAGAAGCUGGCGCUCCAGAAAUUGAAAGAGGACUUGGAGCGGUUGCCAGAGCACAGGGGAAUGGAGGAGUACAACGACGUGUCGGUGGAGGGCUUCGGGUCGGCAUUGCUUGCCGGGUACGGUUGGUGUCCGGGCAAAGGAAUAGGGAAGUACGCUGAGAAGGAUGUCAAGGUCGUGGAGUUCAAUCGGAGACCGAACGACAGGCACGGGUUAGGGUUUCGUAUGGGUCGUGUAGACGACCAGCAGUGA